AUGGCGAGCAACUCUAUCAAGGUCGUCGCUCGUUUCAGGCCGCAGAACAAAGUCGAACUCGCCAGCGGAGGCACUCCUAUCGUCCAGUUCGAGAGUCCCGAUACCUGCAAUGUCCAAUCCAGAGACGGCGGCGGCGGCGCCUUCACCUUCGAUCGCGUCUUCGACAUGGGCUGUCGCCAGUCCGACGUCUUCGACUUCUCCAUCCGUCCUACCGUCGACGAUAUCCUCAAUGGUUACAACGGAACUGUCUUUGCCUAUGGUCAGACCGGUGCCGGAAAGUCGUACACCAUGAUGGGCUCAGACAUCGGUAGCAACGACCACAAGGGUGUCAUCCCGCGCAUCACUGAGCAGAUCUUCGCUUCCAUCAUGGCCAGUGAGAGCAACAUCGAGUACACCGUCCGAGUCAGCUACAUGGAGAUCUACAUGGAGCGCAUUCGCGAUUUGCUCGUCCCGCAGAACGACAACUUGCCCAUCCACGAAGAGAAGAACCGCGGCGUCUACGUCAAGGGCCUUAUGGAAGUUUACGUCAGCAGCGUCGACGAAGUUUACCAGAUCCUGGAGCGAGGAGGUAUGUCUCGUGCUGUUGCCGCUACGAAUAUGAACCAAGAAUCGUCCCGUUCGCACUCCAUCUUCGUCAUCACCGUCGGUCAGAAGAACGUCGAGACUGGAAGCGUCAAGUCGGGCCAGCUGUUCCUGGUCGAUCUGGCUGGUUCGGAAAAGGUUGGAAAGACAGGAGCCAGCGGUCAGACGCUCGAGGAAGCAAAGAAGAUCAACAAGUCGCUCAGUGCUCUGGGCAUGGUCAUCAACGCCUUGACUGACGGCAAAUCCUCUCACGUCCCCUAUCGCGAUUCCAAACUCACUCGUAUCCUACAAGAAUCCCUCGGUGGUAACUCGCGAACUACCCUCAUCAUCAACUGUUCGCCCUCGAGCUACAACGAUGCCGAAACCGUCUCCACCCUCCGCUUCGGUAUGAGAGCCAAGUCGAUUAAGAACAAGGCCAAGGUCAACCAAGAACUUUCUCCUGCCGAGCUCAAGGCUCUUCUCCGCAAGGCCCAAUCCCAGGUCUCAGACUUCGAAACGUACAUCUCCACCCUCGAAUCAGAAGUUGGCAAUUGGAGAAAGGGUCAAAGUGUACCGAAAGAGCAAUGGACCCCUACACUAAAAAACGGACCUGCCAGAUCUGCACCUCGCCCUGCUACCCCCUCGCUCCUCAGCGAGCAGCGCAAAGGUGCCGAGACACCUUCGUCAAGACCGGACUCAAGGUUGGAUCUGGAACGCGCAGGAACCCCAACGACUGCUUUGGAGAAAGAUGAAAGAGAAGAGUUCUUACGACGCGAGAACGAGUUACAAGAUCAGCUUGCUGAGAAAGAGUCUGUUAUUGCUACAAACGAGAAGGCCCUCCAAGAUACACGUCAAGAAUUACGCGACUUGAGAGAAACACAUAGUCGUGUCAACAAAGACAACGAGAAGCUCGCUGGAGAUGUCGAAAGUCUGAAGAUGCAAGUCGAGCGCAUCACUUUCGAAACAAAGGAAGAAUCCAUCAUGAUGGACAGUCUGAAGGAAGCCAACAACGACCUUUCGAAUGAACUCGAUGAGCUGCGCAAAGAAUUGCUCGAAGCUAAGAUGAACGCCCGCGAGACAUCAGCUGUCAUUGAUGAAAAGGAGAAGCUGAAGAAGGAGCGCAUGGCUCAGAUGAUGGCCGGCUUCGAUCUCGGAGAUGAGGUCUUCUCGGAGAACGAACGUAACGUACAAGAGGCCAUCAAGCAGCUCGAUGUUCUUCUGGAGUCUGCCUCGAACGGAGACGCGCUUGGUCUUGAACCUCUAACGAAACUCAGAGAGAGACUGGUCGCAACUCAAGGCGCUAUCCGCCAGGUGGAUCACUCGAACCAGGGCGGCGCUCUGGAGCACAAGCUUCUGACGGUACAGAAGCAAUACGAAGAGCUUUUGCAAACAAAUCUCUCGGAGGCCGACGUUGAAGAUGUUAAGCGCCGCCUACAAGAAUCACUUGAAUCGCAUACCGGCGGCCAAGCAGGAUCUUCAGACCUUAACGCUGCCCUGGCUCGUCAACAAGAAGAGAACAGUCGCAUGCGCAACGAAGUCGAGUCUUUGAGGAGGCAAACAGUCAACGGAGCGAAUGGCGCAAAGUCACUGCACCAACAACUGGCAGACUUCGACGCCAUGAAGAAAUCAUUGAUGCGCGACCUGCAAAAUCGUUGUGAGCGUGUCGUCGAACUCGAGAUCUCGCUCGACUCAACACGGGAACAAUACAACAGCGUCCUUCGCUCAGCAAACAGCAAGCAGCAACAGAAGAAGCUGGCCUUCCUCGAACGCAACCUGGAGCAACUGACCCAAGUCCAAAGGCAACUGGUCGAGCAAAACGCCCAACUCAAGAAGGAGGUCGCCAUUGCCGAUCGCAAGCUCGCAGCACGUGGAGAGCGCAUUCACGGCCUCGAGCAAUUGCUCGGCGAGAGCCAGGAGAAGCUCAUGCAAGCCAACCAUCGUUUCGAAGCGCAGCUCACAGCCGUAAAAGAACGCCUCGAAGCCGCCAAAGUCAGUGCCGCGUCCCGCAACGGCAUGGUCGCUGGCGGCGGCGGAGCAGCACCCAACGGCUUUGGCAGCGAACUCGGUAGCCGUAUCGCAAAGCCGCUCCGUGGUGGCGGUGGUGCAGGUCCCAUGGUGCCCACGCUCGCAGGCUUGCAACAACAAUCACAGCAGGAUGGCCCAAAACGCAGCAGCUGGUUCUUCAACCAGCGAACCUGA